UCUCGCCGUCCUCUUUCAUUUUUUCUUUUCGCGGACGUCGUUGCUGUUGAAGAAAUCCUGUCAAGAUGGGUCGUAUGCACUCACAUGGGAAAGGUAUAUCCCAGUCGGCGCUUCCUUACCGACGAAGUGUACCAACUUGGUUGAAAUUAACACCAGAAGAUUGCAAAGAACUUAUCUACAAGCUAGCAAAGAAAGGACACACACCAUCUCAAAUUGGUGUUAUACUUCGUGACUCGCAUGGAGUAGCACAAGUACGAUUCCGUACAGGAAAUAAGAUUCUGCGCAUUGUAAAGAGCAUGGGCUUGGCUCCUGAUCUACCAGAGGAUCUCUAUUAUCUGAUCAAAAAGGCCGUCGCUGUUCGCAAGCACUUGGAGCGAAAUCGCAAAGAUAAAGAUUCCAAAUUCCGUUUAAUUCUUGUCGAGUCAAGAAUUCACAGGUUGGCACGUUACUAUAAGGCGAAAGGAUCUCUGCCACCAAAUUGGAAAUACGAAAGUUCAACGGCCAGUGCUCUCGUAGCGUGAUUUUGUUUGUAUUUACGUAUUAUGCUUUAAUAAACUCCGAAGACAUCAA